AUGGCCGAGAAAUUCCCACCUUUGGAGGACGAAACGUUCGAAUCAGAAGUUACUUCCGGACGUGAAGAAACAGACUUCUUGAAAAGAGAAGCAGAACUGCUGGGAGACGAAUUCAAGACGGAGGAGGAUUCUGAGUUUCUGAAAAAUGACGAGGAUGAAUUUGGAGAUUUCGAAGAAGUUCCAGCCAGCUCAAAAGACACCGGAACGCACCGCAGCGAAACAGCAGGUGAAAUUGGGGACGAAAACGACCUAACAGAAGACUCACAGGCCAACACGUUUUCGAAACAAACAGAAUCGCAGGCGAUUGCCGAGUGGAAAGAGUCUCGCGACAGAGAAGUGAGAGAACGAGACGCUGUCCAGGAAGAGGCCAAAUCCAAGCUGCAGGAAGAAGCCGUAAAACACAUGGACGAUUUCUACGAAAACUACAACCGCAAGAAGGAACAACAGGUCAAAAGCACCAGAGAAGAAGCCGAGAAAUUUCUCAAGGAGAAGCAGGAUUUUUCCAGCCAGGGCAAUUCAACAUGGGAUCGUGUGUUGCAACUGAUAAACGUGGAUGAUGCGGAUCUGGUGAAUGGCAGAGACAGAUCUAAAUUCAAGGAAAUCCUACUCAAGGUUCAGGGCAACCCCAACGCGCCAGGAGCAUAG